GUGUAGCAAAAGCCAGUCAUUGCACAAAUAUUACCUUCUGUGGAAUUAACAAUGUCUUCUCUCUGUUUCCAUUUCAGAAACCAUGGAUCUUUCAGAUGCCCUUGAUGCUCCACAGCAGAACAACCCGCAGGCAGGAGGCCCAGUGUGGCCCGGUCAACCAGCCAACCCCUCCUGGCCUGGUCAGCCUGCUAACCCCACCUGGCCCGGGCAACCAAACCAACCUGCAUGGCCAGGACAACCAUACCAGCCAUGGCCUGGACAGCCUGGGCAGCCUGGACAGCCUGGACAGCCUGGACAGCCGACUGCUCCUGGGUGGCCUGGACCUGCACCACAAACCGGCCCUUAUGGUGCUCCUGGACAAGCUCCAAGAGUGCUAACUGUGCCGCUUGAUUUCCCUCUACAAAAUGGAGCCUACAACAAAAUGCUCAUCACCAUCAAUGGAGAAGUCAAGCCUAAUGCUAAACAGUUCACUGUUAAUUUAAGACGAGGCAACGACAUUGCAUUUCAUAUAAACCCUCGCUUCAGUGAAGGAGGAAAGCCAGUGAUUGUGCGAAACAGCAUGAUUGGAAACAACUGGGGCAGAGAAGAGCGUGAGCUUUCCUCCUUCCCGUUUGUCCCAGGAAAGCCUUUUGAGAUGAAGAUCUUAUUCACUGACACUGAAUAUAAAGUGGCUGUGAACAAAUCACACCUUCUAGAAUUCAAGCAUCGGGUCUUCGAGCUCAACCAGAUCACAGGUCUCAGCAUCUACAAUGACGUGACCCUCAGCGCUGUAAAUGUGGAGACACUGCAGUGAGAUUACAUAGCUGAUCCUGUUAUAGUUUGAUAUUUUGACGUCUAUGCAACCAUGUUAUUACCUCCAGUAAUUUCUUUUAAUACCAUGUGGCAAUAGAGUACAUCUGUCCAUUUUUUGCUGCAGCACUUGUUCUGAAAGUUUUUUCCCCACUCCUUUUCCUAUAGGGUUUUUAGAAAGCUAUUAGUUUUAAAGUGAAACACUCUCAGAAAUAAAGCUACAAAAACUGUCACUGGAGUGGUACCUUUUAAAAAGGUACAUGUUUGUUCCAUACAGGUGGACAUUAGUACCUUUAGGGUAUACCUUAAUUGUUUUUCAUGUUUAAAAUAUUUUUAUUCUUGUGUUUAAAGCUAAAAUACGUGUCUCUGUGUCAUGCAGAAAUUAUUAUUAAAUGCUGGAUUAAUGCACAAGAACGUUUUUAAUACAGCAGAUUUGCUAACACGUUUUAUACCAUUUCAAAUAUAACAUACAUUGUUUACCCAAAGUGUUUUAAUGGUCAUAUUGCAGCAAGUAAUACAACAAACAUUAAGUUUGGACUAGUUUUUGCAGCUGGACAUUGCUUUAAAAUGCCCUUGAUGUGGGUGAACAUUAGCCAGUGGGGGAGUGUCUAUUGUUUCUCCAGGUGUGAAUUAUUCAUGACCCCACGCAUAUAACGGAGCUGACCCAAAACAGACUUUGCAAAAUGUAAAUCAUUGCAAUUUUUUCUUUGAAUGUGAGAACAGAAUAAUUUUCACAUAAUUGUGAAGUAAAUAUUCUAGCCUACAAAGCUAGUUAAAAGUGUUAAAGAAUAGUUAAAAAAUACUUGUUGUUCAGGACCAUUCAGUGUGUUUUUUUACCUUAUUUCAGCUACAUUUUUUCCUCCAAAACCUACUAACCACGCAGAAUAUUUAAUUUUUCUGAAAAACGCAAGCGUGUACAUCAAUAUUUCUCAGAUAUUAUUUUAGUGCGGUUUGUGCUGAAAACAAAACACAUGUUUACCAGUACUAUCUAAUAAGUAGCUGAAAUAAGCACAAAUGUCAGGGCUUGUCAAAACAUCUUAGGGGCCCCAAAAUCACCUCAGACCCCAGAAGGGUUAUGGUUGACUUUUAUACCUUUAAGUUACUGUGAGGUACACAUUUGUACUUUUUAGGUAUUAAUAUGUACCUUUUAAGGACCUGUUAGGAACAAAAAUGCACCUUUUGAUAAGGUACCAUGCCAGUGACAGAUUUUGUACCUUUAUUUUCAUGUAAAAAUGAAAAAAAAAAUUCUCCAUUUACUCACAUUCAAGUUGUUCUAAACUUUUAUCCGUUACUCUAAAAAGUUCCAGGAGAAAAAAUAUUAUCAGACAUACUGUGAAAAUGUUCUUGCUCUGUUACACAUCAUUUGGUUUGGGAAAUAUUUUAAAAAAGAAGAAAAAAAAUCAAAGGGGGCUAAUAAUUCUGACUUCAACUGUAUGUAUGUGUGUGUGUAUAUAUAUAUAUAAGCCAUUCACAUCCAUAGCAGCUUUUUUGGCUUAGUUGGCUUUUUUUCUAGUGUUCUUCAGUAUGUCUUUCUUUAUGUUCAACAGAAGAAUGAAACCCAAUUAGGUUUUGUACACAUGGCGAAUAAGUAAAUGAUGGCAUUUUUUGGGCGUGUACUAUCCCUUUAAAAGCUUUAGUGAGGGAAAAAAGAACUACAAAUCCCACAAAGCAUUGCAAAUGUCAAAACGGAAUUAUGAGAAAUAUAACACUACAGUAUUCUAAAUAACUCAAUGAAGGUUAGAAAUAACCCAGCAGAGCACCAAAUAUUUUUAACUCAACCAUUGGGUCAAAUAAAUAAAUCAACGUUUUCAAGUAGUUUGUUAUAUCUAUAGAAGCAAUAUAAUCCAUGUUUAUUGAAAACAAAUAUGUUUUACAUAUUUACAAGCUUAGAGAGACUGCAUAAAGGCUGCAAUCAACAUUAAUAUUUUUAAAAUAAGUUAAAAUCAUGCAAAAAGAUGGGUUUGACAAAAACGUAGAUAUCUGUCUUCAAACUUUAAUCAGUUAUUAUUUAAAUCAAUAUCCAUAUAGAGAAAAUUAAUUGACUUUUACUUCUAGAACCUGACUGUAGCACUCUAUAAGAGAUUUCUUUACUGUUAAUUUUUUUAUAGAUAUAUAAAUUGCAUGCAAAUAUUGUUUUUCCAGUGCUGUAGUUAGCUUUAGGUGGGCCUGUUAGUAUCCGGGAAGGUUUGGGUUGUCAUAAAUUUCAAUACAUUUGACACAUUAGAAAAUGUAUGAUGGUAAUGUUGAUGAUGACUGUAAUAGUGGGACAUGUGGUAGUGGCCAAUCAAGAACAGUGUGUUAUUAAUGUGAAAAUAGACCUGAAAUAAAAUACAGUGUGAAUGUAGAUCGCCUUAACGAUCCAAUGAUUAACAACAACAGAUGUAAACACUGAGCGCUGGGCAUAAAAUUACAAUCUACUGUGAGAUCUGUGUUGUACACUUUUACUGCCAGCUCCUAAUAUAAAUAAAAUAACAGCAUUGUAAACUGAA